GCUGCCAAGCUCGCAAAGCUCUCACAAGAAGUGGAUGCGUUGCGUGCAGAAAACUCCAUUCUCCGUCAGUCCGUGCUUGAAGCCGACCCAGAGGUGUCUGAUGGGGAUGGCGACGAAGACCUGCACACUUUGCGCAGAGAACGAGACCAGUAUCGGGAGCAGGUCCUGGCAAUGACAAAGUUCUUGCAUGACUACGGCCUGACGUGGGUGGGCGACAAAGAGCAGGAAGAGGAAACUGCCCAGCUCAACGAAUCCCUGGCGGAGAAGCUCAGCCGACCGACCUCGGCGCAGGUGGACGUGCAGGUCAUGUGCGCGCGGGUCGAGGAGUUGAAUGCCUUGGUCCGGCAGGAGGGCGCCAAAGUCGUGUCCAAUCGCGUUGGGGGCGCCAUCCACGCACGACUGGCCACCGACCAAGCUCCUUUGCCUUUGAGCUUCUUCCAGGACGGCGUUAAGCUCGGACGCUGCAAUUUCCAACCCUUCGGCAGCCGUGCUGCCCAGCAACUUCUUCAGGACAUCUUGGAUGGCUACUUCCCCUACGAGCUGAAAGAGGAGUACCCCGACGGUGUCAUGCUCAAGGUGGUUGAUCGAGUGGCCGUGACUUUCGCAGUGUGGCAGAAGGAGUAUGCCAGCGCCGAUCCCGACCUCGAUGCGCGUGGAGAUCGCUUGGCCAUGGGCGGCCGGGUCCUAAAUGCCCCGACCGUGACUUCUUCGGAGAAGGUGUUGCGUGCCGGACAGAUUUGCGAGGCUCGUCUUUGCAAGCUUCUGCUUGGACCCGCGCAGUUGAAGGAAGAGAAGGACACCUCCUCAGACGUUAUGGAAGUCAUGGCCGGGCCCUUGUCUUCUCGGAGGUGUGGUGUCACCUUUGGCAUCACGAUGAGGUCUGUCCGAACGGCCAGGUAUUUCUUCUCGCGGUGGCAGCCUCAGAACAUGCGAAGCUUGAAGGCAAAGCUGCAUUCGGCGACGCCGUGCAAUCCGAUUCUGCAGUUCCUAAUCGGAGUUGCUCCAUCGCACAAGAAGUCUUGUGCCAGCUUGCAGGUUUCCUUAGCCUACGCCCGGGGGCAGCUGACGCCGACAGAAGUGGCGAGAGCACAGGCGUCGGAGAGCUCUGAAUGCCUGCAACAGGUCCUUCUUUGGAACGCCUUGCAGACCAACUUCAUGCUGGAUGCGAGCGUGCGUGUGGCCGGUCAAGACCCACGACGUGCCUUGGACAGAGCACCGAUGGUCACGGUGGUGAAUUGA